UCAAUAUCGAAUUACGUUAAUAAAACGUCGAGAAUUUGGGCCGAUCGUACCGGACGCGACACCGACACCUGCCCACACGACCUCACUCAAAUUACCCUUAAAAGUUACAAAUAACACAAUUUGUGAUGAUUGCACAAUGAUGAGUAGUUACCUCAUGUUUGUUCCCUCGUAUUAAAGCACGUCAUGGUUAUGACACAGUCUGAUUCAAUAGAUUGCGUCGCAUUUGUUACCUUCAUCGUAGUUUCAUCUUUACCAGUUCACGAUUGUGAAUGAGAAUAAACAACAUUCACUUGACCUAUAAGAUGACAACGACGUUUGCAGCAGCCCUGUCAGAUGUCAAACACUUUGCUUGAUGGGCCAAUUGGACCAGUCACCGUUGCCUCUGCACAGAAAGUCCCACAUGUUCACAAACUUCUGCACUGAGCACAACGUGCCAGAAUGUAUAACACAUAUCAAUCAGGAGUUGUUAUCACUGGGGCUUCCACCAGUGUGGACGCAGUCGGGCGGCAGCUCGGACAUGAACAUCGUCUUGGUUCUCAACUGCAUGUACGACCUGCUUCAGCUGCAUCGCAGAGACCUCCAAACAGUGGAGAACAUGGAGAUGGAGCAGUUGAAAUCCAGCAACAAUGUGGACUCACUGCAGCUCACCAUCACGCGUUUAAAGGAGCAGAUUGAAGUUGUCAAAAGAGAAAACACCGGGCUUCUUGAACAGGGACGACAGCUCCAGCUGAAAGUGAAGACUUUGCAGAAUGGCUUGAAAAACGACAAGGAAGAGAUUCACAAGCUGCAGAACAUCGUCUCCAGUCGGGCCAGCCAGUACAAUCACGAGAUGAAGAGGAAAGAGAGGGAGUUUAACAAACUGAAAGAGAGACUCAAUCAGCUCCUGGUCGACAAAAAGGAGAAGAGACUUGGUAUUGAUGUAUCAAACAAACUCGAAAGAGCGGAUGGCAGGCGGAGCCUUUGGAAGACCGAGAAGACGCAAGCAAAGCACGAGGGGGAUAUGUACAAAACUCUGCUAGGGGACUAUGAGAGCAGGCAGAGGGACCUACUGCUAGAAAAUGCUGAGUUGAGAAAAGUUUUGAAGCAGAUGAAAAAAGAAAUGAUGGGCAUUCUCAGUUCCAGGAGGUCAACUGGCAAAGGGGACAAACAGGACAAUAGUACUUUAGAAGUGGACUCAGAUGUGGAAGAAGGGAUUGAUUCCUGUCAGAGUGUGGAGCUGCUUAGUGUUCAGACCCGGGAGAAGCUGACCAACAGUGUUGGACGUCAGUGGAGAAGACUAAAGAACCACAUGGAGAGACUGGACAGCCGAGAUUACAGCGAAGACAUUGAUAAUGGUCCUCAGGAAACAUCCAAUGAAAUGGACAAACUAAGACUCGAGGUUCGGCAGUGUAAAGACUACAUUCAGGAACAGCAGCACCUCCUGCAGCAGAAACUCGGCGCUCACUGUGUGCCGUCGUCUAUGCUGGGCGACUGCCAUACGUUCCAAGAGAAGGAUAGUCUCCGAGACGAGCGGAAGAACUUGGAGGACCAAAAGAAGAGCUUCGAGAGGGAGAGGAGGAAUUUCACAGAGGCACCAAUUCACCUGAGUCAAGAGAGAAAGGCCUUUGAGGAAGAUCGUGCCAUUUGGCUCAAACACCAGAUUUUAAACUUAAGCCCUUUUGCUGACUCCAAGAAACCACAGAGGUCAAAGUCGCAAUGCGCCUUUCACAUAUCUGAAACAGAAUCCAGUAGAGCAUUGCUUCCAGAAAGGUACAGCACCUCCCCCACCCUUGGACAGGCACCAAGUGUAGCAUCCUCCACAUCAGACCUGCUUCACACACACUAAGCUUCAUUUGUGAAAACAGCUCGACCAAACCCGAGGAAAGUGAAGAUGCGGGUGACACCAGCUUCUUAGCGGCGAAGCACAAAUGGGGGAUCAGCGGUAGCGACCAUAGCAACCUCACGCUCUCAUGGGAGCAUGGCUCAAUCGGAGAAGUUAAUCAAUAAGGACCAAUCACAAUGUUCACUCACUGACUCGUGCUUAGGAGUCUCUUAGCUAAAAUUAAUUCCAAAGUAUUUACUCCUAGGGAAACAUGUAUGUAUGUGUACGUACGUGUAUUGAUUUCAAAGGAAUUUUGCAGGACUUGGUUCGCUUUUUUUUUUUCCACAUUCAGAUUAUUUCCGUAUAGAUUUUAUAGAGAAAUGUUUUCUUUUGUACUUUUGUGUUAAGAUAUCAAAGCCCUGACUCCCAAGGAGGUACACAGUACAAGAACGAAUUCUGUGUUAACGAGUGUCAUUUCAACAAGAAAGUUUAAGACUAUCAAGCGGAUGCUGAUGUUGCAGAUUUCCGGAGUGGAAUGUCGAUAUAAUAUUGAUUAUUUUAUGUUUCAGUUAGUCCAAUUAAGGAUUGAACACCCUAGACUUGCGGAUAUGAAAGUAACUUUUUUUUUUGUCUGAUGGACGAGACUAUUUUUCAUCAUCAGAUAUUUGACUAAAAAUAUGUGGAGUUAAAAGGCUAUGCAAGUAUCAAAGCAAUGGCUAACAAAAUGUCUAUGGCUAAGAUAUAGAUAUCAUAAGAGUACAUUGGAAACUAAAUUAGGAAAAAAACAAGAUAUGCUUUGAGAAAACAUGAUCAGGUUGUUUCGCCCAAAAUGAAAAAAAUAAAAGGCUGCAGUCUUAUGAACCA